AUGAUUCUGAGGACAUUGAUUGUUAUUGGAGUUUUGGCAAGCUUGGCGCAAUCACACCAACCACAACAGUUUCCCGGUUCUGAGCAGGUUGGUGUUUUUAGAUAAUUUUGAAGAGAACUUCUUAAAUAUUCAGGGAGGUCAGCAAGCUCAUCCACAACAUGGACAAGCUCAAGCUCAACAACAACAACAACAACAACAAUUUGGUGGAGAACAAGCUAAAGAUGAACAGUGAGUGAACCAUUUUUGUUUUUUGUGGGAAAACAAGUUUCGAAAUCUGAUUUUGAUGAAAAAAUUCAAUAAAAAAAAUUACACGUAAUUUUUCAGCCAUAUAAAAGAGCAUUUGGAUGGAAAAGUUGAUCCGACUGCUAAUAUGACUCCAGAACAACUACAAUUCCAUUAUUUCAAUAUGCACGAUUUGGAUAAAAAUGGAAAAUUGGAUGGAGUUGAAUUGAUCAAAGCUAUUACACAUUUCCAUUCAGGUUUGUUGAGUUUUAUUUUGGGCAACAAAUUCAAAACAAAAAAAUAUUUCAGAAAACCCGGGACCACAACAUAAUGGAGCCGGUGCUCCAGCUCCAGCUUUACCUAGCGAAGUUGAACUUGAAACCAUGAUUGACAGUAUUCUAAAGGACGAUGAUUUCAAUGCUGAUGGAUAUAUCGAUUAUGGAGAAUUUUUGAAAGCUCAAAAAAUCAGAGAAGAUCAAGCUAGAGCACAUCAAGAAUCAAUGGCCAAAACAGCACAAUAA